UCCGCCUGAUUCACCGCCGCCGUUGCCAUCGAGCCAGGAAGGUUAGCCAGGGCCAACGGCAUGGCUCUGCUCCGGAAACUCCUCAUCGGCAUUCUGCUCGUCUCCUUCUUGACCUUCGUCGCGCUCUUCGGACAACUGCCGUCUUUACGCAGGACGCCGAUCGGCUGGCUUCAACGCGUCCUCUGCAUCCACACGCCCAACGCGCUCCGACGACUCGACCGGGCAGCGACGGGCGGGCGAGUGACGCGCAAGAGCAAGAAACUGGGCACUUAUUUGUUCUACGAGCAGAAUCCCGUCGUCCUGAUCAUUUUCCUGUUCAUACUGACGGGCGCCAUCUUCCUCUUUCUGUGGAACACUGUCCACCGGCUUCCCAGGGAGCAACUGCUUCCUGUGCCGUUGCUGGUCGUUCUUCCUUAUCUCUUCACCUACCUUACCGUAAAAUGCACCAGCCACUACGUCACGCCUGAAAACCAUGCAAAACGCAUGUCCGAUUAUCCCUACGAUCAUAUUCUGUUCCAGCCCGGCGUAACUUGCAAAACAUGCAACCUCGUCAAGCCUGCGCGAUCGAAGCAUUGCAGCUUUUGCGGCCACUGUGUAGCGAAGUGCGAUCAUCACUGCCCCUGGGUCAAUAACUGUCUAGGACGGGGCAACUAUCACUACUUUCUUGCUCUGCUUCUUUCAAUCGGCCUCGUCCAAAUCUAUGGCAGCUAUCUCAGCUGGUACCUCCUACGACUUUAUUUGACGGUCGACCGAGCCACGCCACUUUUUAGCUGGGCCCGACUAGAGAGCAUCGGAAAUGCGAUUAUCGCCGCUCUUAAUCGUGGCGGUAUAUCGAUUGCUGGCGUCGGCUUACUGGCUGUCUCAACAGCCUGCUUGCCCCUUGGGCUACUGGCUUACCACUUGUAUCUGAUCUGGGCCGGUAUGACGACCAACGAGUCGCAGAAGUGGUCAGAUCUCAAAGAAGACAUGGCAGAUGGCUAUGUGUUCAGAGCUCGGAGGCAGGACCUGAGAGCUCACAACAGUGCAAGAGCACAGGAACGCCCUGACCUCAACGAUUCUCUUAACCCUGCCUUGAACGCUUACAACGACGAGGUGGAUGAUCUGGAGCCGCACGUGGCAAAAGCCGACGAUGUUAUCGUCAGAACGAAUAACGGCAGACCUCCUCAGGGUCAAGAGAGAUUAUGGGCUCGCGUCUGGAGUCUGGACGACAUCGAAAACAUUUACGAUCUGGGUGGGACGCAAAACUUUGCAGAGGUUCUUCGUGGACGCUGACCGCUGACGCGGGUCCACGCUGUUUGAGCAUAUCGCUAAAUAUUUGCUCAAUGCACGCGAAUGAGCAGUUUUGUCACCCGCUUCCUCCUUCUGGAUCUGCCAACAGGCCAUCCAACCCUGCUGCUCCCAUGACGGCUGUCGCAACAUGUAAUGGUGCAAACGCGCCAACACUACAUUCCAGGCCUCUCGCCUUCGUUAAUAAGGACAGUCCGCGGAACAUUCGCAACACCUCUCGCAAGGUCAAUUCAGCCUGCUUAAUGCUUCCUUCGUCGACAGUUCCUUGCGGCUUGACUUGUAUUGUCCAGUGUAUGUUCACACCAAGCGAAGGCAGUUUGUCGAUCAUCUCGAUCUGAUCAGUAUCGUGUAAGGC